AUGAGUACGAUGAGGGCUAGUAAACAAGAGGUUAAUGAACAGGGGGGAGAGAGGAAAGACACAAAACAUUUACGGGCUAAGCGCAAUAGGGACGCUGCUAGAGCCAGACGUCACGCACCAGUGAUGUCUAGUCCAUCAUCAGUGACUGAUAAUCACAAUGUAAAAUCACUUUGCACUUAUUAUUUCACAGUUAACAAAUAUCGUCCAACGGUCGAAAUGACACUCGCAUUUAGCACUUCGCACGAAGCCUGGCCUCAAGUAGCGGCGUUCACUAAACAACGCGAUAAUACAAAAAGAAGUCAGAGGUUACGAUGUUAUCGAAGGAGACAUGAAUAUUCGAAGACGCGAGGGUCACGAGUGAACGGUCGGCGUAGCAUCGCCCCGCGGCGUGAAUGGAACGACCGACAUUUUAUGAAUCGAGAGCCGUCGCUCAUUGACCUGAGCACACGAGCGGCGAGCGCAGGGCCAGGAGCGAGCGCCGUCGGUGCCGUCGCCAGCCCGCUAGCCCGGGGCCCACCGUCGCCGGUUCCGGCGCCGACGGAAGUGACGUUUCCAGCGAACAUGGCGGCGCGCGCGCAGGAAGUGCGCAGCUUACCUAUCGGGACUCUCCGUCAGCGGUCUCCUCGUGUCGAGCGAAACGCGCGGACCCGCAUACUC